AUGAAUCCGACCCGCAGGUCGCGGGCGCGUCAAGCUUGCAGAGCUUGUAAUGCCCGGCGUGUGAAGUGCAAUGUCGUCGAGAGUUGGCCGUGCUUCAAUUGUAAAGAUCAUCAGGUGACUUGUGAGCUCCGUGAGUCUCGCCGUGGUCGACAUCGCAGGCCGAAUCUCUCGCAGGCACCAAAGAGUCCAGUUGAUGCAUCCCAUGACGAUGCCAGCGUCACACAGCACAACAAAGAUGAAGCACUCACGUCCCUGCCACCACCAGAAUCCGGUCCCUCUUCUCCAAUGGGGCUCGUGUCGCAGACACAAGAUUCUCAGCCUGUCACCCAAAUCAUCACCCCGACCAAUGACACAAUACAAGUCCAAGAGUUGCAGGAUUACUGUGACGUGGAAUGGGAACCAUGCUUGCCUCUCCAUCCGCAUGGGGGAACCCAAAUACAGCAACACGAUGAAGUUGAAGAUAAUCAGAACGGCGACGAUCGACCAGAAGAUGACGAAACCGUUUUCCUUGGAGAGUCUGCUUCAAUAACAUAUCUCCAUGGCACGCAAACUUCGCCAGAAUCACAGUCCACGACUGACCAAGGCUUUGUCUAUCGACUGCCUGAAGGCCUGGGCGCAAAAGCUGUGAAAUCCCACUGGGAGCUUGAACGCAAACAAGCUCGUAUCCGUCUAUUACAGCUCGCGGGGGCAUUUUCAUUUCCCAAUAAGCCAACAGUUAAGAAUAUCCUCAUGGCAUACUUCAAAUGGUUCCACCCAUGCUUCGCUGUUGUCGAUGAGCCAGAUAUCUGGGAUCAACAUCGCCAAGGCAUUAUAUCGCCCCUACUUUUGCAGGCCAUGCUGUUCAUAGGCGUCAUGCAUUGUUCUGAACCAGACUUGGCACAAGUCGGCUUGGGCUCGCGUCAGCGGGCAAAAUAUAUCCUAUAUAAUCGCGCCAAGGCAUUGUUUGACGCUGAAGCUGAACCAAAGUCACUUGUUGUUAUACAGGGUUUGUUCCUCAUUAGCUUCUAUAGGGCUGGGCCUCUGCUUCAAAGGGAUACUCGUCACUGGCUUGCCGUGGCUGUAAGUCAGGCGCAGACAAGAGGCCUACAUCGCGCAUCGCGCGAGGGGAAGGACAAAACUCAGCAACUCCGAAAGCGUUUGUGGUGGUCUAUAUAUAUCCGUGAGAGGCAGUGCGCGGCUGCCUUGGGUCUUCCUAAUCGGAUCCGAGAUGAAGAUUGUGACGUGGAAGCUCUGGAUAAGAGUGAUUUCCAAUAUGCCUUCGACUUGUCACUGUUAGCGUCCCGAGCGGCAGAUUCCGUCGCGUAUAUGGUUGGAAUGGUAGAGUUAUCGCGAGUGCUUGGUCGAAUAAUGCAUCGGAACUUUUUGCCGUCAAUGCGCUUAAGCUCUACAGAGCGCGAGGAAAUAAGAGCUGCACUAGCUCUUUGGAUAGCAUCAUUACCUGCCGGGAUGCAACUCUCGCCCAGCGAAACAAGCAACGGUCUAAGUUUUCUCGCUAGCAUGCUUCAUCUUGCUUACAACAAUCUCCAUAUUCUCCUUUACCGUUCGGGAUGUGGGAACCUUGGCGACUCAGGUAGCGACGCCGAUGGAAAAGUUGCGAUACAAGCUGCGGCGCGGAACUCUACUAUAAUCGAGCAUAUGCUCAUUGAGGAUUUCAUGUGCCAUGGCCAGGUCCAUGUCAUCACCAAUGUCUUCAAUACGUUAUGUAUUCACACUCUUCAGCUCAAAGAGCUUCGAGGCGGGCGGCGUUUUGUAGCUGAGCAUCGUGCCAAGCUUUGUCUUGUGGGUUUGCGAGAGUUGCAGAAAACGUGGGAGUAUAAGAAUUGGAUCCUUGAGUUGUUCUUCCACUACUUGGACCACACAACAGCGCUGAAGCUACAGGUCGAAGACGAGGUUGGUGACUCGACAAACCCGCCACAGCAGCCUGGGCAGCAGCAAAAGCAGCAAGGAGAUACGCCCGUUUCCUCCGUUACUGGUAAUCGUUUCCAAAUGAAACAGGGUCACGACGAGACAACCAAUCCAUUAGACAUAGAUCAAGCCAAAUUGCAUGACACUAGUUGGCCCAUCGAGAUAGAAAAUGUCGGUCAAUUUCUUCACACCCAGAUCGAAGAUCGGUUUAUUAAUGGAGACGGAGGGGCGAUGGACUGGUAUAUGGCUGACUUGUUCACCAAUGCGUUGCCACCUUGA